AUGGAAACAAUCAUUCAAGUGCUUGCUUACAUCAAGGCAAUAGGGCUUAUUGUAACGAAAUGGCUAGUUGGUGUUUUGAUUGAGAAAAUCAUAGCCAAGUCAGCAGGAGGCGAGAAUGGAGCAUUCGACAGCUCGGGCUCAAAACUGCAUGAGUUUGUGUUCUUGACUCAUCUCAGCUUUGCUACAGUUGCCAUACUUGCUGUUGUUGUGGGAGUAAUUUUGGCAGUUGUCUCAUCCGCCACAUCAUCCUUGGCACUCCUCCACAGUGCCAAAGUUGGACGAAAGUUACGAAAGCAGGUCUUGCACCAAGUAGUUGGGUGGGACAGUAUGACCAGCGAAACCACAAGCAGCAACAAGGACAUUGGACAGACUGCCAAUGAACUGAUCCUCAAGGUCAACCUGAUUGAGGACUACUUGGCCUACGAGGCGCCUCUGGUCCAUUACAGCUUGACCGUGUUGGUACUCUCCUUGGCACUCACCUUUCUCUUCCUCUGGUAUGGUGGAAUCAUUGCGGUGGUUAUGGUCAUCAUUCCAGAGAUUAGCACAAGAAUCUUCAACAUAUGGCGAGAAAAAUGUGACCUUCUUGUGGAAGCGAAUGCUGCCAAAGUGAAUGCACGCCUCCUGGAUGUGGUGAAAAACGGAGUGAGAAUCAAGAUCAUGGGCAUGCAGAAGCACGAGGAAGAUGCUCUGGAUAAACUGCAAAAAGAGAGUGACGACCCACGCCAACAAGAUGCAUGGCUCAAGUUUUGGACGGACAUUGUAACAUUCAGUUGUACUUCUCUGGUGCCAGUGAUCAUUGCUUGUGUAUCCCUGCCUUUUAUUGAUCGAGCCGCAGCCACAGACCCGGCCGCUGCAAUGCACACUGGCUUUGCCUUCCUCGCGGCAAUCCUAUUGCUCGAUGAAGCUCACAAAAGCAUCAUUUACUUAUCUUUGACUGCUGACAAGUCGGCCAGCGCUGCUCAAGCACAAGCUACCAUCGACUCAUUCCUUGGAUUAACCGGCAAUUCAAAGGAAAGGAGCACUGAUGAUGCUGGCAAAGACGAUGGGACCUCAAGCACCGAUGCAUCUGACUCACUGGCUGUGGCUGAAGAGGGUGGACAGCAACCGAACGAAGACAAUGAAGUCUUUGCCGAUGAAGCAGGCUCAGGGACCGCAAACACCAAUGCAACUGACUCACUGGCUGUGGCUGAAGAAGGUGGACAGAAACAGAAUGCAGAGGCUUCUGGCAAGGAAGAUGCAUGGAAAGUUGUAUGCAAAGAAGGAAUCGAUCGGAUCAUUCUGGACAAUGUUACUCUGGCUUAUCCCCGUCGCCCAAAGCCUGUGUUUUCCAAACUAAACUCUUGGUUUAGUCAGGGCAAGAUUCAUGCUCUUACUGGGGAGAGUGGCAAAGGAAAGUCUUCCCUGGUCAAGAUCCUUGCAGGUCUGCAUAUGCCACAGCAUGGCACCAUGACCACAUGGGAGGGAAUGAAGGUUGCCUAUGUGAGCCAGGAUCAAAAGCUGUUCUGUCGGUCCAUCCGCGAAAAUGUAUCCUAUGGUACUCCCAAGGACACACUUUCUGGUGAUGAUGAGAUCUGGGAAGCACUGGAAUGGGCCAGCAUCUUGGAUUGGGUAGAGACAUUACCGAAUGGUCUCGAUGAAGUGCUGACAGGUGGAGAAGAAGAUGUGAGCGGUGGGCAGUUGCAGAGGCUACAGUUGGCACAUCUGUAUUGCACUUGCCAACAUGUGGAUUUAGUCUUGCUCGAUGAAGUACUUUCUGCAUUGGAUCCUCUGAAACGAGAGCUCUUGAUUGACCGUCUUGACGAUUUUCUUGGUGACAAAACAGCUGUCAUCGUAACUCACCACACCGAAAUGCUUCGUAUCUGUCAUGCGGAGCUUUCACUUAAAUGA